AUGCUGGAACUCUCUAUCACAGUAUCUGCAAGCGGUGGGGGCGCGAGAGAUGAAAGCAAUCUAAUAUUUGAAUCCCCCAAGCAGACUGCCUUGUUCUGCGGUGCAAAGCUCUACCGACCCGAUCAAGAAAAGAAGCUUAGUGCUCUAGAAUGGUACCAACAGAUCGUCGACGCUCUGAUCCCAAAAGACCCUACUAUCACCAAACCGCACCUUUGGCACAAUGACUUACACGAUGACAAUAUCUACGUUGACCCACACGAUCCGGAAAGAAUCACGGGUAUCAUUGACUGGCAAUCGUGCCACGUCUCGCCGCUCUUCAACCAUAACCCUGACCCAGCCUUUCUCGACUGGGAUGGACUCGAGCCCGAGACACCCGAUCUAGCACCAAGACCGAACCUUUUCGGGCUUUUCCCAGAGGAAAGGGCCGCGGCUGUGCGCGAGUACUCUGUCCAGAACGUCUUCCUUGGAUGGCGGAAUCUCAUGAACGCUAAGAACCCCGAUCUCUAUCGAGUCGUCGAGUUCCGCAAGACGCCAGCAUACGGUUUGAUCUUUCUUGCGCACCGCAUGUUCGUAUACGGCGAGGCUCACUUUCGAUCACUCCUCGUCGAUCUAAAAGACACGUGGGCAGAUUUGCCCGCCGUCAAGCAUGAUGUCCCAUUCCCGUUCGACUUCUCGGAAGCUGACGUGGAGAACAUCAAGCUAGAUAGCGAUGGUGCGGUCGCUGGAACCGAGCUUGUCGCAGAGGUGAAAGAGGGAAUGGGCGAUCUGUGGCCCGAUAAAGGCUUUAUCGAGCCAGAGCGUUACGAUGAAUGCAAAGCUGCUCUGGACGAGGUCAAAGACCAGAUAUUAGAGCAAUUGGCUGAUACUGAUGAGGAAAGGGCUGAGUAUGAGCGUUAUUGGCCAUUUGAUUGA